AUGGCCUGCUACUGGGCAGGGAUGUUCCAACCCCCACACUUGGCCGCCAUUGCCCCAUACGAAGGUCUGACCGACAUGUACGGCGAAACGUGGCGAAGCGAGGGUCCAUGGCCCGUAUUCGACCGCACAAGAGACCUGUCCAAACUCAAGGUGCCCAUCUUAUCUGCCGGCAACUGGAUGGACUCGGAGGUGCAUUUUCCGGGAAAUCUAGCAGCGUUUGAGAGGUCUUCAUCAAGGUGGAAGUUCCUCGAGAUACACACGGGCAAUCAUAUUGCCUCCUACUAUGAGCCAGCGCAAACUGAAAGACAACUUAUAUUUUUCGACUACUUUCUCAAGGGCAAGACAGACAACGGACUUGAAGCAACCCCUCGGAUCGAUCUCCUCAUUCGCCGAGGCACCAAUAACUCUUAUCGUGUCGAGGAGUCGUGGCCUCCCCAGGACACUAUCUACACCUCUCUCUAUCUAGCCCCCGACGAGGCCCUCUCCUUUGAUGAGUUCGCCGCCUCGUCCGAAGACGACGCCAUCUCCUCUGCCGGAUUGACUGGAAAGGACCUGUUCCAGAGCGCGCCUCUGAAGGACUUUGAGAUCCUGGGCUACCCCAAUCUUGACUUAGCCGUGUCUACCGACGCAAAGGACAUGGACAUCUUUAUCUACUUUUGUCAUCGACUCGACUAG